UGAUACGUUUGCCCGCUUAACAUGGUGCAUCGGAUGCACUGUCCUCCUAAGUCGCCCCUUUGUCUUUGCCUGGUGCGUGGACACUUGCGUGCCGCCACUAUUGUUUGCACCAGUGGGGAAAGAGUCUACUUGUGACACUCGGCAUAUAAGAGAGCUCGUUAUUCAUUUCGUCAUUCCCCGCCAGACCGCCAUGAAUUUUGAGUGAGAUCUUAACGGGAAACUAUGGCGUCUCGGUUCUCAUCUGUCCAGUUGCAAAGACGCCUCUAUACUACUACCAGUCAAUGGAGUGUCAGGCAAGUUCGCAGUUCCGACUUCCAUGGCUGCUUGGGGGAGCUGAAGAACCACAUCUCCGACUCCGACUUCAUCGCACUCUCUCUUCAAAACACGGGUUCUUCUUCCUUUCCUUGGCACCGCCUUCAGCCGUUCGACACCUACGAUACCGCCUAUUGCAAAACCAAAUACGCCGCUGAGAAGUUUCAGAUCCUUCAAUUCGCUCUCUGCCCUUUCUCUGUCAGGGAAUCCAAGCUAAUCGCCCAUCCGUACAACUUUCAUUUGUUCCCCAGAGAUGAACUGAACAUUGGGAUGCCUUCUUACAGUUUUUCAUGUCAAGUUUCACAUCUAACAUCCAUGGCUCGUGAAGGUUUUGACUUUGAUGCUUGCAUAUAUGAUGGCAUAUCAUACUUAUCUAGAGCUCAAGAGUUCAUAGCAAAAGUUCGAAUGGGCUGUCCAACUCUAACAUCUAAUACUAAUGUUGCGAAAUCUUCUUCUAAACCGUCAGUUGCCGAUUCCAUUUUUGUUCAACGGGUUAAAUCACGUGUAAAGAACUGGAAAGAUGCAUGUAAUUCAAGCUCAAAAAAAAGUGACGGGCUGCUAAGUUUGUUGGAAAAGCUCAUCCCUGGUAGGGAGCAGUAUGGAUCAAGGCCAUCUAUGACUAUAGAUGUUUGUAGUGAACGACAAGUUAUACUUGUAUUAGAGCUGUUGAUGGAAUUUUCUGAUGACCUGGUUCCUGUGGUGAUUCCAGCGAAGAGUGGAGGAACUCGAGCAAUUCGUGCCAUUUUGACAAGCUCAAAAGAAGACAAGAUUCUGCUUGAGAAGGAGCUUCAAAAUCUUGAAGAGGAAGAGAACAAGAAAAUUCGUGGUUUUCGAGAGGUGAUAGAAAUGAUUUCUGCUUCACAGAAACCUAUUAUCUCCUACAGUUCUCUUAAUGGUGUUUACCUCAUAUUCUUUAUUUUUGGUUGUUUUCUUUUCUUUGUUUUUCUUUUGUUCUCUAAUUUUUGUUCUAAUGCUUUUGUUUUGGAUGCAGAUUUUACAUUUAUUCAUUCUAAAUUCCUUGCUCCUCUGCCCACUAAUAUAGAUGAGUUUGCAUCCUCCUUGCAUUUGGUUUUCCCACGAGUGCUUGAUGUAAAGCAUUUGAUGAGCAAGAUUGGUGGCCUUAAUAAGCCAACCAGUAUAACUUCAGCUCUUUCUUACUUGAAGAAUCAUUAUUAUGCACCUGUUGAUUUGGAUAUCCCUGUUGAAGCUACAGGAAAUGAUCACAAGUUUCAUGGGCAUAAUGCUAUAUGGUUAUGCCAUUUGUUUGCAAAAGUCUGCUCUGUACUUAAAAUUGAUCUCGAUGGUGUCCAAUCCAACAACAACAAGCGUUUGGCCUCAAUGCUCGAUGAGUGUGCAAAUGUUUCUUCUUCAUUCUCCCCUUACCACCACAAACCUGAGGACGAGAACAUUAAGAUCUGGGCAAAGAAUGCUAUAAAAGUUAGCUGUAGGCAUUUGAUUUUCUUGUGGGGAUUUAGAGAUGGGAUGACUGCUCGGUUGCUGAAAACUGCACUUGAAGGUUCCCAUGAAGUUUUCUGUGAAGAGUUUGAUGUUCGGUUUGUGGACAAGAAAUGCGCCAUUGUUGUUUUCUGGCAACCGGGAUUAUCCGAGACCUUCCUUGAUGCAAUAAAUAGUGAUGGCAUAGUGGGAUCUUUAAGAGAGAUGGUAUCAGAAGGGCUAAGAGCAGCAGGUUAUGAAACUUAUAAGAGAGUCUGUAGAUUGGAUUUAUGGGAAGCAGAUUUAGCCGAGUCCUUGGAGAGAGCCAUGUUAGAAGAACAUCAUUCCAUUUUGGAAGCUGAACCCGAAACCGUGCGGUUAGACAUCAAUUACUCUAAUGAUUCUUUGAUUUAUUUGAAUGAUCUUUGAAACCAUUGUAGACAUGAUUAGGUUGCCAAAAUUCAGAUAGUUUAGGGAAUAUUGGAGUGAUUCUUCCUAUUUUCUAACUGAUAUUUGGCACCCAUGAUAUACCUUGAAGUUUUGGUCCAUUCCUGAGAGAGUAAGUCUUAAGUUUAUGAAGAUGGAAUAUUUUUCUUUCCAUUAUAUUAUACAUACUGUUGCCUAUUUUAGGGCAAUAAAAUAACUUGUGGCUUUAAUCAA